UUGUUGCAGGUUUGCAGACAGACAUCAGUAUUGGCUGUGUUUGUGUGAAACUCUCGUGUAGUUUGGGUGGAAGAAAGGAGCACCAGUGGGUUGUUCAUAUUGAGGAAGGAAGCUUGUUGCAGGAAAAGCAACUUAAGGUCUAUAAUUAUCUCCAAGUGGCUUUUCUUUUCCCCCUCGGAUCCCUCAGUGACGGUCGGGCUGAAGAAGAGACUCAACAUGGAGGAAUGGUGUUGAAAACGCUACUGUUCAGUAUUUUAACCUCUAGUUAGUACUGUAUAUAAACUUAUUCAUGCAGUCUUCUGCUCACAUAUUGAGCUGUUUGAACUAGUUUAGUCGGAUCAAUAUUUAUGCGUUUGGGAACCUGCUGGAGAACAUCUGCAACUCUUCCUGUUGAAGGUUUAGGACCGGAGCAGUGAUGGAGGACAUCGACAUCGAGCAGCUGGAGCCUUUGGACCGAGACGGGAAACCGCUCAGCAGUUCAGCGGACGAGCCUGACGGUGGCAAAAAGAAUGGAUGUUGUGAGAAGUUCCAGGAUACGGUCUCCAGAUGGAUGCUUCCAGCGGACUCCCGCAAAACGUACCUGGAACGGGCCAACUGCUGCCCGCCCCCCAUCUUCAUCAUCCUCAUCAGUAUUGCAGAGCUGGGAGUGUUUAUCUACUACGCUGUGUGGAAGCCUCAGAAGCAGUGGGUGACCCUGGAUGAAGGCAUCUGGAAAAGCCCCCUCACAUACAAGUCUGAUCGGCGGCAGGAAGCAUGGCGCUUUAUCUCCUACAUGUUUGUCCACGCUGGUGUGGAGCACAUCGUGGGAAACCUGAUAAUGCAGCUGCUGCUGGGCAUCCCGCUGGAACUGGUCCACAAAGGAUUUGAAGUGGGGAUGAUUUACAUGGCGGGCGUCCUGGCAGGCUCGUUGGCCAGCUCCAUUUUUGAUCCUCUCAGUGCUUUGGUGGGAGCCUCUGGGGGUGUUUAUGCCCUAAUAGGAGGCUACUUUAUGAACGCAGUGGUGAAUUUCCGAGAGAUGAUUCCUCUCCUUGGAGUAUUUCGUAUCCUCGCCAUAGUGAUAUUUGUUCUUACAGAUUUUGGCUUUGCCUUCUACAGAAGAUUUGCCACCGACGAGGAUGGUAUGAAGGUGUCCUUUGUGGCUCAUUUUGGAGGAAUCGUGGCCGGGAUGACCAUUGGCUACGUCUUCUUCAGCGAUUACAACAAGAAGCUACUCAAAGACCCACGUUUCUGGUUGUGUAUAGCGGGCUAUGUUGUCUUUCUGAUCUUUGCUGUUGUCUUUAACAUCUUCCUGUCUCCGGCAACAUAGGACCAUAAAGCUGCACUCACCAACCUUUUUUAAAGUUGACACUUAACGCCUUAAUGUCACACUCAGGAUGCUGCAUUUCACUGAUGUGUUUCAGAGAAAAGUUGCUUUUCAGGGACUUUUAUGAAUGUUGUUCAGCGUAUUUUAUUAUUUUUUAUCAGAUUUUCCUCUUUUGUAGAGCUGAAUGUGUGAGUUCAAAGGGAAGGGUGCCUCCUGCUGUUUAUGUGCAGCAUUGCAGAAGGCAUAUUUAACAUUUUAGACAAUGUGGAGCAAGACGUGCCUUUAAAUAGCGAGUAAUUUAGAACUGAAUGAAAUGUUAUCUGUACCUUUUUUAAUGUCAUUUACGUUCUUAUUUCUGUGUUUGAGUAUUUUGUAUGUGAGUUUUUAGAUCUCUUUGUACUUGUUGUUAUCAGGAAAUGAAUGAACACACUGGUCCUAUUUCAUGUCAUUUUUCUUUAAUAGGAAUUAAUGCUCAGACUGUUUAAUAGCAUCAUUUAAUGCUACACUAUGCAAAUUUUCUGUUGAAUCGUGAACUCUUAUGGACUUUCAGUAUUCAUGAAAUGUGCCACAUUAAACACCAAAUCUGAUGAAGACAUGUUGAUUGGCUGUAAGAAAACACUAACCAAGGCCUAUUGAAAGAGGCUGGGACACGGGUCAUGGGGUAUAACACAUGCGCGUUGUAACUGGAGCUGCGGUCGUGCGUUGCGAUUGGCUCAAUUUCGGCAAGUGCAGACCAGAUUUUACUGCGCAUGUGUUGUACCCCAAAGAUCUGACGCAUUGAUAGCCUCUCUUCUUUUCACCCUCCUUGACACUAACAAGGAAAUCUCAGGGAAAAAAGUGGGCGAAUGUCAAAAAUGUUGGUGUUGCUCGUUCCUUCUGUAAGCAAAAGAGCUGGUUUACCACCAGGCCCUGGCUUAAUGCCACCUUAUUGUUUUAGGCACUUCCUGUUGACAGGACAUAGCUUGAUUAAUUUCUCUGUCAUGCUUAUUGUUUUGUUUUUUUUACCUUGGAAAUACAAAACUUCGGCCUUAAACAUAAAGAUCCAGCUUUUGGAAACACGUCUACUGUUAGUAAAAUUUAACAGUUGUUGAUAUCAUAUUGAACUGUAGGGAAGUUGUUUAGGAAGUUUUAGUUCAGUGGCGGUACAUUUUCUGUUUCACAAGUCUACAAAUGCAAACUCUUUGAUAUUACUGGUCUACUUGUGGUGUGAGAAGGGCAUUAAGUACAGGUUGUAAUUCAGAAACCACUCUUAUGUUAGAAAAUGUAUUUCAUGAUCUAAACUCAGGUAAACUAUGACCAAAGACGAAACAGGAACCUCCUACACUAAGGUCUUGAAUUUCCACAGCUCAAUGUUUUAAUAAAGUUUGAUGUAUUUUGUCAAA